AUGCCCCCCACGGACUCCGCAGAGUCCGAUUACUUCGAAGAUGAUGAUGACUUUAUAGUCCCCAGCACCCCCUGCGACAAACCGUCACCCUCACCUCGUCCCGCCAAACGUCGUCGCGUGGAACAUGAUCACCGCGAUGGGGUUUCCAGCACGGACGAGUUCUCUUCCAUGAAUGGCGGCGACGAUGCUGCCCAAAUUCCCUCUCCCCGCCGAGAAUCGUCCAUGGAUUUUGAAGAGAGACAAGGCCGAUCCAAGUCAAGGAGUUUCGUGCCUAAACGACCCAACACCAGCUAUCAAGAGAACAUGUUCGUCACCCAGCUGACCCAGCCCGAUUCCAGCCCGGAACGGAUUCGUGGACCCCGGUGGAAGAAGCCAGAUCCGGUACCACCUCCGUCGGAUCCUGUGCCUCUUGUACGCGAAAAUGCGCCGCAGAAGGCUCCAAACUACUAUGAUAAUGACGCAGAGUUGAGGGCCGCCAUUGCAGCUUCGCUGGACUCGUUUGAGGGGGAGUCGCGGAAGAUGAUGCCAAAUCUGGGUACAUCGAACAAGGCUCCGCAGAGACUUGGGCAACCGGCAAAUACAGAAUCCCAUAAUGGCUCGGCGGAUGUGUCCUUCUUGGACGAUAUUCCAGAGGAUGCCUUUGAUUCCUCCCCAUCUCUUUCGCCGGUAUCACGACCAGCGCAACCUCCUCCUCCACUACCAGCGGCAACUCGUCCCCUAAAUCGUCAGCCCAGCCUUCGGCAAGCCACGCUUUUCGGAAUGGCUGCCCGGAACCCAAAUAUUCAAACCUCGCGGGAGCGAGGCUGGUCUCCCCCAGACAAAGAUGAGCCUCCGACUCAGCACAAGCUGAACCAUGACGCCUUGGACACCUGGGUAUACCCAACCAACCUGGGCAAUACGAGAGAGUACCAGUUCAACAUCACCCGGGCAGGCCUUUUCCACAACCUUUUGGUAGCAUUGCCCACCGGUCUUGGAAAGACCUUUAUCGCCGCAACGAUCAUGCUCAAUUGGUUUCGUUGGACGAAAGACGCGCAGAUCAUUUUUGUAGCACCGACCAAGCCGUUGGUCUCGCAGCAGGUGUCGGCAUGUUUGGACAUUGCGGGGAUCCCACGAUCAAAGACAACCAUGCUCACUGGAGGGGUGGCGCCAGGUAUUCGAGCGGAGGAGUGGCAGUCCAAACGAGUGUUUUUCAUGACACCGCAGACAUUGACCAACGACCUGAAGACCGGCAUUGCAGACCCCAAGCGCAUUGUUCUUUUGGUCGUGGACGAAGCUCACCGCGCGACCGGUGGCUAUGCCUAUGUGGAAGUAGUCAAGUUUUUGCGGCGAUACAACAAGAGCUUCCGAGUUCUUGCGUUGACAGCGACUCCCGGAUCGACAGUCGAGUCUGUACAGGCAGUGAUUGAUGGCCUGGACAUUUCUCGAGUGGAGAUUCGGACCGAGCAUUCGAUUGAUAUUCGACAAUACGUGCAUGCUCGUAAUACGGAGAUCGAGACCUUUGAGAACUCUGAUGAGAUGAUGUUUUGCAUGGACCUAUUUUCUUCGACAUUGCGGCCACUUGUCGAUCAGCUCCGGACUCUCAAUGCCUACUGGGGACGAGAUCCCAUGUCGCUGACUGCCUACGGUCUAACCAAAGCACGGCAGCAGUGGAUGAUGUCCGAUGCGGGCCGAAACGCCAAUUUUGGUCUGAAGGGCAAGGUCAAUUCGAUAUUCACGGUUCUUGCGAGCUUGGCCCAUGCCAUUGACCUUCUCAAAUACCACGGUAUCGUCCCAUUCUAUCGACAUCUUCUGCACUUCAAAGGAGGCGGCGACGGACAGAAAGGAGGAAAGUAUCAGAAACAGAUUGUGCAAGACGAAAGUUUCAAGAAGCUCUUCAGUCACUUGGAGCCGUGGAGCAAGAAUCCAGAAUUUAUUGGCCAUCCCAAGUUGGAGUAUCUGAAGUCGGUCAUCCUGAACCAUUUCAUGGAUGCAGGGGAAGGCACCGAUUCUUCUAGUAGCAACGGAAAUUCUGCAACACGAGUCAUGAUUUUCGUUCAUUUCCGUGACAGCGCCGAGGAAGUCGCUCGAGUGUUGAAGCGCUACGAGCCCAUGAUCCGCCCUCACGUCUUUGUUGGUCAGUCCAGCGCCAAAGGUUCCGAUGGCAUGGACCAGAAGACACAGCUCCAGAUCAUCGAGAAAUUUAAAGGAGGAACAUACAACACCAUUGUCGCCACCUCGAUUGGCGAGGAGGGUCUUGAUAUUGGUGAAGUCGAUCUCAUCGUGUGCUAUGACUCGUCCGCAUCGCCUAUUCGCAUGUUGCAACGGAUGGGUCGAACCGGUCGUAAACGGGCAGGGAACAUCACCCUGCUUCUGAUGAAGGGCAAGGAAGAAGAGUCCUAUAUCAAGGCUAAGGAUAACUACGAGAAGAUGCAAGAAAUGAUUGCCAGUGGUGCUCGGUUUACAUUCCACGAUGACCGGUCUGCUCGCAUCUUACCCGCUGGUAUUCGGCCAACUUCAGAUAAACGACACAUUGAUAUUCCUCCCGAGAACUCCCAGCAGGAACUGCCCGAGCCGAAACGCAGAGGAAGGGCGCCUAAGAGACCGCCUAAGAAAUUCCACAUGCCCGAUGAUGUGGAGACGGGCUUCACACGGGCGUCCAACAUUGGAGGCGACAGCUCUCGCGAGAAGGUCAAAGCUGCAUUGCCAAAGAAGCGACCUCGAACACCGACCCCGGAGCCCGUGGAUCUUCCAUCGUUGGAAGAAGUGUUCCUCAAUCCAGCCGAGCAGAAAGAGCUCGAGCAUCGUUAUCAGAAUAUCGGAGCUACCUCCCCACAGUAUAUCCGCUUCCCGCGCACCGAUGCUUUCCCUCGGUUGCAACUUGAUGCACGGCCUACCAAGAUCGUCAAGCAUGGCUCUCUGACCCGUCGCAUGAUUGCAGCCUUGCGGAAGAUGGAUGAGACAAGUCUCGAUUGUGAUGAAUAUUUCAAGCAGAUUUUGUCGCAGGCUCCCCCAUCAUCCAGCGAAACUAAACACCCUUCGAUGGGCGGUUCAAGCGUGAAGCCCACUCCCAAGCGCCGGAAGGUGAGCAAGAUGCAGCCAGCGCCUACGUCUCAUACUCGGGCGGUGACUGCCCCCGAGGCCGAUGAUACCUAUGAUGCCGAUAUUUUGGCCCUGUUGUCGACUCCGGACCCUAAACCCAAGCACAAUCAACAAGCUGCUCCUCUUCCAGAAGAUCACCUUGAUGAUGACUUUGAUUUCGCUCUCCCGGAUCCUACAUUUGUGUUCAGUAGCAGUCCUAAGCCCAAGCCUGUCCGGAAGCAAAAACGGCCUAUGAUCGAGGACAGUGAUGAGUGA